UUGGAAACAUGCCACAUAUAUUUUAAAAAUAUAUUCUUUUAUAAAAUUAGUGACUUUAUACAUUGUAGUUAGAUAAAUAUGAAAAUUAAUAUAAAUUCAUAACCAUAAAAGUAAAAUUUGUGACAAAUAUUAGGUAAACAUGGACACAGAACAACUUUUAAACGACCCACAAAAUGAUAAUAAAGUUUCUGAAAAUGAAACGAAUGAAAACACAGACGCAAACGAGCUCAAAUAUUUCAACGGCGUAGAAAUUUCCAAAUUAACAAAGCGACAAAUGAAAAAGUAUCAAAAGUUUUUGAAGUGGGAGAAAGUUAAGAAAAUUAAAAGGGCACAAGAGCGGUUAAAAUUAAAAGAAAAAAGAAUUCAUGCUAAACAGCACAACAUUAAUUUAGGACCAAGUAGAAAGGAGCUGAAAAAGGCCACAAUGGAAAAAAGUCCUUGCAAAAUUGGUGUUUGCAUUGAUUUAAGCUUUGAUAACUUGAUGAUAAACAAGGAUAUGGCAAAGACAGUCAAACAAAUAUUAAGAGUAUAUACUGAGAAUAGAAGAUCAAAGGCACCAAUGCAGCUCCAUUUAACCAGUUUCAAUGGAAGAAGUAAAGAAGAGAUGGCCAGACAUCAUGGUUAUGAAAAUUGGGAUAUUCACUUUCAUGAAGAGGAUUAUAUUAACAUAUUUCCUAAAGAAAAAUUAGUCUAUUUAAGUAGUGAAAGUGACAAUGUAAUCCAUUCUUUUGAAGAUGAUAAAAUUUAUAUAAUUGGUGGUCUGGUGGAUCACAAUUUUCAUAAGGGAAUUUGUUUAAAAAAAGCAGAAGAACAAGGAAUAUGUCAUGGUCAGUUGCCAAUAGGAGAGUACUUUUGGAUGAAAACUAGAAAAGUUUUAACUAUUAAUCAAGUGUUCGAGAUUAUUUUAAGGGUUACUGAAGGUAAAACAUUCAAAGAAGCAUUUGAAAUGAUCCUACCUAAAAGAAAGGAAAAAAAAGAAGUUAAUAGUAAUGAUGAAAGUGUGGAAGACAGUGUGGAAAUAACAAAAGAGGACAUAUUAAAUAAUGAAGAGAACAGUGUUGAGACUAAACAAAAAAUCAUUGACAAAAGCUGAUGUUUUCACAGAACACCUAUGAAUGUUUUAUGCCAACAAUGUUAUUUUAUUUUCGUUAAAUAAAUAAAAAUGAA